AUGAUUGAGAACCAAACGUAUUUGGACAAAAAGGAACGGCAGCUAAUGAAUCUCCAAAAAAGUUUAAAUGAACUGCAAGAAUCAUUCGCCAUCAAAAAAAGGGAGAUGAAUAUGUUCCCAGAUGUCAUCAGAAAACAACAUAUAAGUCGCCUAAAGCUCUAUAACGAAUUACGAGACACUGGCUUAAGAUUGGCCCAACUGGUGGCAGAUGAAAAGCAAUGUAAGAUGAAAGAAGUAUUCGAUGAGAUGGGCUAUGAAAUGGCCGACAAAUGA